CGCAAAAUAACACCGGUAUAUUGAUUGCGAUUGCGUCUCCUUCCGUGCACCCGAGCGUCCUGCGUUCUCGGCUCCGAUUGGUCGGCUGGCUGAAGAGCUCCACAGCGCCACGCCACUCCGGGAUCCUCUGGCGCAGAGAGAAAGCGCAGCUUGGCCGCCUGCGAGCAAGGAGCCGGGCUGGGAGGGUUUAUGAUGUGAUGUGAUAUGAUAAUACGGGCGGCCGGCUGCUGUUACGGGCGGACUCGGCAGUUAAAAAGCGGCCGCUGACUUCAGCCCUGCUCACUACUGUGUUUGCGUGUCGUCGGAGGAAAGGCAAGCGCAGAAGCCCCGGAGGCUGACCGAAGCGCUCUAUCUCUGCAGUGAUUUUCCAGUCAGCCAUGAUGUCAGUAAAAACUCCUCCCCUCUCCCGCUCUGGCUCCUCGCCCUCCACCGUUGGUCUAGCGAAUCGCAGCGGGGCCUCUGCCACCCCUCCGACCUCUCUCAGCCUUCGCUCAUCAUACAAUCAGCUGCUUGGACGAGAUGUCAUUAAAGAGUCCAUGGAAACCGGAAGUUCGGCCACCUUGCCGAAGAGCCGCCAGAGGUACGCGAUGACCAGCGUGCGCAGCGCCAUGGGGAUAAGUGACAACUUGGCUUUGCUGUCUAAAAACCAGCCUGUAACCAGAGGACGCGGCCUUCCCACCAAGUCCUCCUCCAGCUCCGCCCUUUACUCCUCUUCUUCCUCUUCCUCGCUGUUUAAUACAACUAACCCCAAACUGGUGAAGAAUGGCGCCAACAUGCAGAGACGAGCUGAGAGCCAGCAGCUGGAGCUCAGCAGGGCCAAUACAGAGGGCAAAAUUGACAACGAUCUCAUCAAUAAUCCCACUUCAGACUGGCUAGAAUUUGAGAAAGAUAACUCGCAGCUUCCGCCCUUUCGAAGAAGGACCAAGAGCUUCUUGGAGUACCAUGGAAAGGGCUGGGAUCUGGACCUAAACCAGGGAAACAAAGAGGACAAGGGGGAAAAGAAGCAGCAGCCCUCCCCAGAGAAGGAACAGGCUAGUCCUGCGAAAGAAAGGGAGAGUCAGAAGGAGGAGAAGGCCAGCAGCAAGCAAACCUGCCAGGAAGAGAAGGAGGAGGUUGAGCCGGUGGCGGAGGAGGAUGAAGAAAAUGAUGAGCCCACACCGACGGCAAGACAGCCACUGCUACCUGUGGUAGUCGAAGCCCCUCUUUCCUCCACCCCCUCUUCUUCCAGUAACAGCCCAGAGUGGGUUCCAGACAACCACAACCACCUGCAGAACCAAGUUCCAGCCCAGGUCAAAGAGGAGCUCUGCGCCCAGGUUCAGGCUAGCCCACGCAGCCCUGCAAAGCCUCCCCGAAGCACCCAGCCCCGGGUGAUCAAGGUGGAGCUACACCCCAACAACGAGAACCAGUUUCUUCAGCAGUACCCACCCUCUUCACCUAAACAGGCCAGAGCUGCAGAGAAGACCACGCCUACCAGGAAUCGUGCGCCCCCUCCUCAGCCUGAACCAGAAACCGGCCUUCCAAAAGUGGGCUUAAGAAUGGAUCUCACUCCUGAGACUCCAUCAGAAGAUGAAGACUCCAGUUGGACCACCCUAUCUCAGGAGUCACCCUCUCCACAGACUCCAAAAGAGACAGCAGAUGUAUGGGUUGAAGGGGAGCUGCCCCCAGGCUGGCGGGAGAUCUCAGACUCAUCAGAGGUCUAUUUUUGGCACGUGCCCACCGGCACUACGCAGUACGACCGACCUGUUGCCUCAAGCAAACACACCGUUUCUAGCAAUGAUGCUGAGAAUGACCCACAACAGGUCACACAGGACUCCCUUAAGCCACCCAAUGAGCGCCCCAGCAGCCUGAUAUCCGACAGCUCCGUGGAGCCGGUCCCCUCGCCCUCUGGAUCCUCCCCCUCCCCUUCCUCCUCCUCCUCCACCCCUUUCAAUGACAUCACCUCUUCUGUACAAAGUCUCAACACCACCACCAGCUGCACAGCCACCGAUCUAAAGGACUAUCCAGUCUAUCCUGAUCCCAGCCUUAAGGCAUUUGAAGGAGCUACUCUUCGCUAUGCUUCACUCAAGCUCAACCCUCCUGCCCAGCUAGAGACAGUGGACCUUAACAGCACAUUCUCUGAUCCGGAGGCAAUGUCAUUUCCAGUGAGAUCUCUGGGCUGGGUGGAGAUGGCCGAGCAGGAUUUGUGUGAAGGGAGGAGCAGCGUGGCUGUCCACCACUGUAUCAGACAGCUGUCCUACUGCAGGAGGGACAUACGAGACUCGGCCGGUGUCUGGGGAGAGGGCAAAGGGAUGCUUUUAGUGCUUCAGGAUCGCAUGUUAACUCUUGUUGACCCUGAUGAUCGCAGCUUGCUCCACUCUCAGCCAAUCAGCAGCAUCCGUGUCUGGGGUGUUGGCAGAGACCAUGACAGAGAAAGGGAUUUUGCCUAUGUGGCCAGAGACAAAAACACACGGGUGCUGAAGUGCCACGUGUUCCGAUGUGAUACCCCUGCCGCAGCCAUCGCCACAAGUCUCCACGAAAUCUGUUCCAAGAUCAUGGCUGAGAGGAAAAGUGCCAAGGCUGCAGCUGGCAGCUCCUCCCAGAACGGCUCCGACGUACCCAUGCAAGAGUUUCCCAUGCCAAAGACCGAGUUGGUGCAAAAGUUUCAUGUGCACUAUCUGGGGAUGACGUCUGUGUCUCGACCUAUAGGUAUGGACAUCAUAAAUGGCGCCAUAGACAGCCUCGUGUCCUCUACAGGCAAAGAGGACUGGACUCCUGUUAUACUGAGCAUCGCUGAUACCACGUUGGCAGUCAUCAAAGAAAAGGAGGAGGAAGAGGAGGUACUGGUGGAGUGUCGUGUCCGUUUUCUGUCCUUCAUGGGCGUGGGACGGGAUGUUCAUUCAUUUGCCUUCAUUAUGGACACUGGAAGCCAGCAUUUCCAGUGUCACGUGUUCUGGUGUGAACCCAAUGCAGGCAGUGUAUCCGAGGCUGUCCAGGCAGCUUGUGUGCUUCGGUACCAGAAGUGCCUGGUAGCACGGCCGCCCUCCCAGCGUGCUGGCUCUUCCUCCUCGCCGUCUGCAGACUCAGUGACCCGGCGGGUGACCACUAGCGUGAAACGCGGCGUCCAGUCUCUCAUAGACACUCUGAAACCCAAGAAACAGCCAUCAGAACUCCCCCAGCAAUGACCGUCACCUCUGACCACUGCACCCCUCCCCAGCCUGGAAGCCACUCACACUUUCGCCACAAUAGCACUUAAUCAGUACCAGCCAUGGUAACCAACGAUGUACAUACAGUAUAACAAACAUCAACACAGAUUAAAGGAAAGAAAAACCAUUCUUGCCUGACGAUUUAAAAAAAAGAAAAAAAA